AUGUGGAGCAUUGUGCUCCAACCAACCAACUACAGCGGCAAUCUGGUAUGUAUUGCGCGUAACUGCGACGCUGAGGUUGCGGAUCUUCGCCUCACAAAAACUGACGCGCGACACCAUAUCCUGUCUCCGGCCAAUUUCUGCGAGAAUUCGCAGCCUUUCAACUGCUGCAUCGAACGGCGGAGCGGCGAGGAAAGCGGAGGACGACAUGGCGGCGAGGCGGCGAGGCGAGGCGAUCUCCAGCGGUUUCAAAGUGUGAAGGACCACUCAGACAAGAUGGUCCCUGCUAGGCUGGACGGAUGCUUCAGUUUUGCGAAUGCUCUGAAUCUCUGGUUCCGCAUCUGGCAUUCACUACAUGGCUACUACUCCAAGCUACCUACUCGCCCCAAAGUGACCAGGUGGUGGUCCCCGACUCCGGGCUUGCGACUACCCUCGAACAUUACAGUCCCGAGCGGGACUCCAGACAUGCGACUGCUCUUUAAGACCAUACUCCCGCGCGGGACCUUGAGGCUGCGACUGCUUCGAUCAACGGUCAGAAGUACCAACCUCGAGGCAGACAAUCGUAUGAAACCUUCUAAAGUAGAAGCCGUAUAG